AUGGUGGUGCCAACACCUGGCGACUUCCAAUCCUUCUCCGCCGUCUUCAACAAAAGAGCAGACCAUAUCCUUGAGCAGAGAAAGAGCAUGACAAAUGAUAUCUCUAUCCGCGACGCCAUGUUCCGAGCGGCCACCUACUACCGUGCUGCUGAUUUCUACAUCCACGGCAACUGGGAUGAUCCACGCAUUAUCCCUCUGUGGGAUAAGCAGACUCUCUGCUUUGACGAGGCUUUGUCCCGACUUCCCUUCCCUGGUUAUCGCACGGAGCUACCAGGACCUGGGUGCAAGAUUUCAACCAUCUUUUUCCCCGCAAGCAAGGAUAGUGAGAAGCGGCCAACUCUCAUUAUCGGUAGCGGUUAUGAUGGAUCCAUGGAGGAAAUGUACCACCUGCACGGUGCUGCCGUCCUCGAGCGUGGCUGGAAUGUGAUCGGCUACGAUGGACCAGGGCAGAUUUGCUCCCGUCGCUACCAGGGCGUCGGAUUUACCCAUGAGUGGGAGAAAGUUCUUUCUCCCGUUGUGGACUUCCUCGAGACUAUUCCCACUGUUGAUAUGUCCAAGAUUGGUGUCAUGGGCAUCUCCAUGUCUGGUCUAUUGGCAGCACGUGCUGCGGCAUUUGAACCGCGCAUCGCUGCAGUCUUCAGCAUUGACGGCCUUUACAAUUUUGUCGACACGCCUGUCUUUGACCCGGUUCAUGGUCUUGCAUCUUUUGCUCAUCUCAAAGACUUUGAAUCUGCUGCUGCUGUGUUCAACAACCCCAGCAUUCCGACCACUGCCCGCUGGGCAUUGUCUCAUGGUCUCUGGGCUUUCAAUGUUAAAACCCCGGCUGAAUAUCUUGAGAAAUCGAAGACGUUCUCGUUGGUUGGAAUAGCGGAUAAGAUCAAAUGCCCAGUCUUUGUUGCUUGUGCUGCAGAUGAUCACUUUUUCAAGGGACAGCCUGAGGCAAUGAGGGACGCUCUCGGGGAUAGAGCACACUAUCAUGUUUUCACCGCGGACGAUGCUGCCGGAGAACAUUGCCAUGUUGGCGCUGGAAGACAUUCGAAUCAGGUCUUAUUCGAUUGGUUUGAGAAGGAGAUUGUCAAUUCUUAG